AUGGAAGGGCAAUGGCUGAGAUUUUUCAAAGCCAUUUGGAAAGGAUUUAAUUCUGCGCUUCUCAUUAAGCUUAAUGGCAACUGUGUCUGUUUAAAGGAUCUGCACAAUUAUCUUUUCCCUAAGGGACCUUUGAUAGAAGGGAUAGAAGGAAACAAGACAAGGGAGUGGGUAGCAGGCAGUGGGGAAGAGGAGAAACAACGUUGUAGACAUGUGCAAGUUGUUAGACGAGAUCUGAUAUUGGAGGGAGUAGGCCAGUUGUGGGUCUAUAAAAUAAGCAAUGAGGGGGGAAGUGGGUGGGUUGGAGAGCUACCCUUGGUGCAAGACUGA